UCGAAGCAUAUUGCAGGAGUGACACAUCGAAUCUCACUUUCCAGAUCAAGUGAGCGAAGUUGCUCGCUGCGCGACUGCCAAAUUGCUACAGUACAGGGCGUGCCGACUAAGCCGCUCCACAGCCAUGACAAAUGGUACGUCACUCGUGGUGCAUCACUUCAAGGUCAUAAAUAUCAUUGUUGCGAACAGCAGUCGAUUGACCGACAAGCCUCAAAAGACGAGUCAACAACAUGUCGAAGCAACACACUUCCGAAUUCGGCUGGGACGCAGUGCCGCGAAACAGGUCCAAUGUUCCCUCCGAGGCCGAAUCAAAGACAGCACCGAUCGACAUCAACUUCGAAGCUAUCUGGCCCAAGACAUCCGUAGUCAAGAAAGCAGACGAAUAUGUCAAAGCACAUCUUCCCAAGGAGACAUAUAACCACAGUCUCCGCGUCUACUGCUAUGGCCACGCCAUCAUAACCCAACACUUCCCCGCCUGGUCCUCCUCCCCUUCCUUCUUCGAAACUUGGGCCUUGACAUGCCUCUUCCACGACAUUUCCACCACCUCAGAGAACCUGAACUCCACCCACCUCUCCUUCGAAUUCCACGGCGGAUUCCUCGCCCUCCAAAAACUCCAAUCCUUCGGCGCCCCUCAAGCUCAAGCCGAAAGUGUCUGUGAAGCCAUCAUUCGUCACCAAGAUCCUGGCGAAACAGGCACCAUUUCUCGAAUGGGUCAAUUAGUUCAACUUGCAACGGAGUUUGAUAAUAUGGGCUGGCAGCCGUAUUUGAUUCAUCGAGAUGUGAUUGAGCAGGUCGUGGAGAAGUUUCCGAGGAUGAAGUGGUCGGGGUGUUUUGCUGGGGUGAUUCAGAAGGAGAUUGAGGCGAAACCUUGGUGUCAUACGACUGCGAUUCCCGGGUUUAAGGAGGCGGUUGAGGGGAAUGAGGUUAUGAGGCCUUAUGACUGAAGGUGUUAGUGCGGACGUCGAGGUCAGAGAGAAGAAAGUCUGAGGAAGAGCUAAUGACAGAAUUCAAGAGCAUUUACAUU